CUCACUAUGGUCCGUACUCGCGUAAUAUAACCUACCACCAAUGUUCUUCUAGAAACUAUAAUAAGGCUCCCUUGUAUGAAGCCCUAUUGGUGCCACUUGACAGAUUCGUGUUGCAAUGUUGAUUGAGGUUGUUGCCGUGGUCACUGCUGUGGCCUUUGUGUUUCUUCUCAGUCGGCGUGCAGCCUCAUCACAGACAGUUUGUCCUCGGAACAAGGCUGUUCUAAUUACAGGUUGUGAUACUGGAUUUGGACAUGAGCUUGCCCAUUUCCUUCAUCAGUUGGGUUUUACUGUUUUUGCUGGCUGUCUUAAUAGUGAAGGAGAAGGAGCUAAAAAGCUACAGGAUGUUGACUCUCAAAGCGUAUCAUCAGUGGGUGGGGUUUCGGAGAUGUCAAAGGGUGAAGCUAGAGGGAGGCUACAUGUUAUUCAGUUGGAUAUCACCAAAGAGGGACAAGUGAUUGAGGCUGUGCAACGGCUUACUAACAUUCUUUCAGCAGAGUCAAUAGCUUUGUGGGCUGUAGUUAACAACGCGGGUAUUUCCAUAUUUGGUGAUGUAGAGUUCUGUGGAAUGAAAGUCUAUCAGCGACUGGCAGAUACAAACCUGUGGGGCACCAUUCGUGUUUGCAAGGCGUUUCUACCCCUUAUUCGCAAAGCAAAAGGACGAAUUGUAAACGUGACGAGCAUCUUAGGUCGUCAGGGGUCACCUGGACGGUCUUGUUAUGUCGCAACAAAGUACGCACUGGAGGGUUUUACGCAGUGUUUGCGGUACGAGAUGCGCAGAUGGGGCGUACAGGUCAUCGUGGUGGAACCGGGAAACUACAUCGCGGCUACUGGCAUCUUUACCCAAGAGAAAAUUGACAAGAUCGCUGAGGAGUUGGAGAGGGAUUUGCCUGCCGAGGUCAGAGAGUCUUAUGGUGAAGACUUCUUUCAGUCUCGCGUUCAACGGAUGCGGCAUUUUACGCGUAUUGGGGACACUGAUAAACAGCCGGUUGUAGAUGCAAUGGUUGCUGCAGUUAUAGAUGUGAAUCCACAGAUCAGAUACGAACCAAAGACUUUGUAUUGGCGGAUCCGCACCUUUGUCAUGUGUUGUCUGCCUCAACUAGUUGGGGAUUUCUUCUACCAUUCGGACACUUAAUACAGAUAUAGUUUUCUUUCAAAUCAUCUCGCAAGUUGGAUGACCAAUUAAGCUCAAAUUUUCACAGGUUUGUAUAUUAUGCAUUAAAGGAACACGUUGCCUUGGAUCG